AUGACCGAAGACGCUAAGCCCACUGAAGCUGUCGCCCCUCCUACGGGGGAAACGCUCCAGUCGCAGCAGAACACAGAUGCACAAGGCCACUUCAACGCAGCAGUCGACGAACUCCUGGACCAACUACAGCACAAAUUCGACAAUGUUUCAAGGGAUAUGUUUGGGAAGUUGGACGACAUGGCGCAUCGACUGGACGACCUCGAAUCUUCGCUAACGACUAUUACGGACGAUGCGACGCCUACGCCGGCGAAGUGA